CGUCAUUCGAUGAUGUCAUUUUUUUUCUAUUCGAUACUUUACGUCUUGGAAAAUUUUUAUGUGACGAUAUCUGUUCAUAGGUAAAGAACUGAAAAACACAAGCAACAGUAAAUGAUAACCAUACAAACUGCAAUUCAUGGCUUUUAAGAAUAAAUAGGAACGGAAUUAAAGCAAACCAAAAGUUAAAACCCACAAAGUAAAAAAUACACAAUGCACGUUUUCCUCCGGCCGCACACUGCAAAGGGAUCCUACAGUCUUGUCAGAGGGGUUUAUGAUGCAAACACCACUGCAAAGUGUGUGUGUGUCGGGAGUGAUCGAAUACGCAAACAUAAUUUUAAAGAACCAAGACGACACAUUUCUACAAGUAAUGCAAAUUUGAUCAAGAGAUUUGAACAAGAACCAUGGAGUAUACCACUACUCCGUGCCCCUAGUAGAUUCAAUUUUCAAACACACCCUAGGAAUUUUUCAAUAUCUGCUAUUUAUUUCGAGAAGGAGCCGCUAAAACCGUCAUCUAAAGUUGAAGUGACAGUACAAGAACUAAAAAAGCAAAAGGAAACUUCUCCCACUGAACUAGCACCAAAACCUGUCGUUAAAAAAAGUAUAAAACAAAAAAUUAUUGAUGAGCUGAUCCAUUAUUAUCAUGGAUUUCGGUUACUUUUCAUUGACGUGAAAAUCUCCACAGUCUUGGUAUGGCGAGUUCUGAAUGGAAAAACGUUGUCAAGGAGAGAGUACCGUCUAUUAAGAAGAACAGUGGGUGACAUGUUUCGGCUUGUACCAUUUUCAGUUUUUAUUAUCGUACCAUUCAUGGAAUUGUUACUACCAGUGUUCAUAAAACUCUUCCCUGGGAUGUUACCAUCAACUUUCCAGACUAUAAAGGAGCGGGAAGAUAAAAUUAAACAAAAUCUGAAGGUCAAAUUGGAAAUGGCAAAGUUCCUCCAAGAAACCCUGGAUGAUAUGGCCCCCCAACAUAAGGACCAUAACUCAGCUCGCGCCAAAGAAUUUUCAGAAUGGUUCCACAAAAUUCGAACAUCAGGCGAGCAGGUAUCAAACGAAGAAAUAAUGAAAUUUUCGAAGCUCUUCGAAGACGAAAUAACCCUCGACUCUCUUUCAAGAAGCCAGUUGAUUGCCUUGUGCCGUGUCCUCGAAGUCCAAACACUGGGCACCAAUAACUUCCUGCGCUUUCAGUUACGAAUGAAAUUGCGUUCGUUGGCAGCCGAUGACAAAAUGAUACAAAAAGAAGGCGUCGAUACCCUCACUCUAGGAGAAGUCCAACAAGCUUGUCGAGUGCGCGGAAUGAGAGCUUACGGUGUCUCCGAAGAGCGACUUAGGUCACAAUUAAACCAAUGGCUCGACUUGAGCUUAAACGAAAGAGUGCCACCAUCACUCUUGCUGUUGUCAAGAGCGCUGAUGUUGCCUGAAACGAUUCCGACCAGCGAUAAGCUCAAAGCUACGAUUUCGGCUCUUCCUGAAACGGUCAUCACGUCAACGAAGGCCGCAAUCGGAGAGAAAGAAGGCAAAAUUGACAAUAAAGUUCAACUGGAAGUGUUAAAGGAAGAAGAGCGCAAAGUCAAGGAAGAGAGGAAAGAACGAAGAGAAGAGAAGAAGCAGCUCGAGUUGGAGAAAGAGAAGGAGAAGGAGAAGGAAUUGCUCAUCGACAAAGCACCUGUGAUCUCGGCUACUUCGACACCGAUCCUUGAGGACACCGCCACGAGGAUAAGUGUGGAGAAGCUGGAGAAGGUUGAAAAGAAGGAAGAGCCUUUGAGGUCGAAAGAUUUCGAAAUGCUCGAAGACGCGAUCGAGUCGGUCGCCCAAAAGAAGAAGAUCAUGCUCGAGAAGAGCGAGAUACAAGAAUUGAAAGAACAGAUGGCGGAUUACAGGGAAGACGUGGAGGAUUUCAACAAAGCGGUUGCCGAGCAGCCUAGACCUGAGAUAAAAGAGAGCAAGGCGGCGCAGAGGCUGUUCAAGAGCGUGAAUAGGAUGAUCGGCAAGUUGGAUAACGUUUUGGUCGAUUUAGAGAAGAAGGAGGAACAGCUCAAGAAAGAUUUGGAAGUUGAAGCAACUGAUAAACAGAAGACGCAAGAGGAAUUGUUAAAGAUCGAUGAUAUUAUAGCCGCGAUCAGAAACAUCAGAGGCGUUUCGGAUGAAUCCAGAAUCGACCAGAUCGUCAAAGUAUUGAAGAAGAUAGAUGACGACCACGACGGGUCGAUCAAGGUUGAAGACGUGUUACGAGUAGUUGAAAUUAUCGGCAAAGAAAAUGUUAAUUUGAGUGAUAAACAGAUGGAUGAGUUGAUGGAGUUGUUGGAUAAGGAGGAAAUUUUGGAGGUGGAGGAUAAAAUAGAAAAGGCCUUGCAAAAGGAUAAAGACACUAAAAUUGAUGUGAAGAAAGAAGAAACGGUUAAGACCGCCGACACGCAAAAAACAAAAUUUGAGGCGAAGUCGACGAUAAUCGCACCACCUGUUAACAGUAUUGACAAACCUAAACCAUCAGAUAGUUCCAAAAUGCUUUAGUUAAUUCAAGUUUUGUAAUAGGCAAUUUUUGUUACCAGUUUUCUUUAAAUUAUUUUAAUAUACCUCUUUACUUAUACAAUAGUACUGGUGUAAACGAAAUAAACUAUUUAAUUAACGACUCAGAUUUGAAUAAUCGCAAUCGCGUACUUUUAUAACUUGCGCACCAGUGAAAGGACUCGUUCAACGUACGUACUACGAAGAAUUAUUUAAAAAAUGUACAACGUUUGUAAAUAAUGUUUUGGGAAACGUUAAUAAUAAAGCACGUAAAACCCUGUAA